AUGAACAGCCAGUCCAAUCAUCUUGGACUCCGUCUACCGGCUCUGCUCGAACGCCACGAUCGCCUCGACUUGAACCAUGCAGGUUCAUCGAAUGACUUGGACGAUCUUUUAUUCGACUGUAAUGAAAUGCAGAUGCAGACGCGACGCAAUCUAAUGGCCUUGCACGCGAGAGAGGCCCGAGACGACAAGUCGUGGAUUGCACUAGUCGAGAUCGAACACUUCCAUCCAUUCUCUGAUCUUGUCACAGACCGGACAAUGACACGCGCCUUUCGUUUCCCGGGCUUUGAAGUUGCCUAUAUCCACAGCUCGCAUUGGCUACGCAUGUACAUGCUUCGGCAAACGAUCAGAUCUCUGCACGACAUGCGACAGCGAUUAAUCCCUGGCUGGCGACCAGACGAAAAGCACGCUGUCACCGAAAGGGAACUCCUCUUCUACGUCCUCAGCUUCUGCCGCCUGGUCCCAUUCUUUGUCGAGACUGGGCAUGGCGCAACAGGCGACAUGUCUUGCUUCUUCCUCCUCUACAUCGCCGAGCAAUACUUUCGCAAUAACAAACACUGGCGCUGGGUGCGAUGGAUCAAGCACGUGUCGGAGAGGAUCUUCACAAAAGGCAUGAGUAUGCCCUUUGGCAUUGCGGCGCCGGAAUCACCAUCCCAAGCAAGCGAUGUGCGGUACUCGGACGAAAAGGCUGAGCUGGCAUUCAACAGGAUUGAGUUCCCGAAUGCGCCGCUAUUGCCGGAUGUUGGGAGGAAUGUCACGCCUCAGGGUACGGUCUGGAUGCCCUCUCGGUCUGCACCAACGCCGACUUCGCCUGCACUUGAUCGCGUCAAGCAGCAGAUCAGUUCACCCGGGUGA